UGCAUGCAAUGGCACCCUCCAUUGUUUCUUCCAACAGGGUUUUUCUGAAACUGUUGUGUUUCUUCUUGGUUUUGUUCUUUCCUGGUUUUUGUUCAUCGUUGUUGCAUCCUUUUGUUGCCAACUCGGUUUAUGAACACCGUAACCACACCGCCAUAUCUGCGUUUCGUGUGCUGAACAGAAGAGUUUUGACGGAGUGUCCUGAUCCCAACCCUUAUCUCCAGGUUAAUGUUAGCAAAAGCUCUGACCUCUCUGAUGAAGAGUUUGUGACGGUGACUGUCAGUGGAGUUUUGCUUCCUGCAGAAAGUGAUUGGGUUGCCAUGAUCUCCCCUUCGAAUGCUGAUGUGUCAAGUUGUCCUUUAAGCGAGGCUUUCUACUUGCAGACUGGUGACAUAAGUAGCCUUCCCCUUCUCUGCCAUUAUCCUGUGAAGGCACAGUUUAUGAGCAAGGAUCCAGAUUAUCUGAGUUGCAAGAAGCAGGAAUGCAAGAAAUAUAACAAUGGCGAAUGUGUGGUGACUACAUGUAGUGGUUCAAUAACUUUUCAUGUCAUUAACAUCAGAACUGACAUUGAAUUCGUGUUCUUUGCUGCUGGAUUUGAGACACCUUGCAUUUUGAGUCGAUCGAAACCUAUCAAUUUUGCGAAUGCAAAUAAGCCUUUAUAUGGACAUAUCUCAAGCACAGACUCUACUGGAACGUCGAUGAGAUUAACUUGGGUAAGUGGAGAUAAGGAACCUCAGAAAGUUCAAUAUGGAGAUGGAAAAUCAGAGACAUCACAAGUUUCUACCUUUUCACAAGAUGAUAUGUGCAGUUCAACUUUAGUAAGCCCAGCCAAGGACUUUGGGUGGCAUGACCCUGGUUACAUUCAUACAGCAGUCAUGACAGGACUUGAGCCUUCAAAAACCUUUUCCUAUAGUUAUGGAAGUGAUUCAGUUGGUUGGAGUGAUAGAAUCCAAUUCCAGACUCCCCCUGCUGGAGGAUCCGAUGAACUCAAAUUUCUUGCAUUUGGUGACAUGGGAAAGGCUCCUCGUGAUGCUUCCGUAGAACACUACAUUCAGCCAGGAUCACUGUCGGUGAUCAAAGCCAUGGCCAGUGAAGUAGAGGAUGGCAAUGUAGAUUCCAUCUUCCACAUUGGUGAUAUAAGCUAUGCAACAGGCUUCUUAGUUGAAUGGGAUUUCUUCCUCAACCUUAUAAGCCCCUUGGCUGCUCGGGUUUCUUACAUGACUGCAAUUGGAAACCAUGAAAGGGAUUACACGGGGACAGGGUCAGUGUAUGUUACUCCAGACUCCGGUGGAGAAUGUGGAAUUCCUUAUGAAACUUAUUUUCAGAUGCCAACCGCAGCCAAGGACAAGCCAUGGUAUUCCAUAGAACAAGCAAGUGUUCACUUCACAGUAAUAUCUACUGAGCAUGAUUGGUCACAAAAUUCUGAACAGUAUGAUUGGAUGAAAAAAGAUAUGGCUUCGGUUGAUCGAUCGAAAACCCCCUGGUUAAUUUUUACUGGGCACAGGCCAAUGUAUAGUUCUACAGGAUCUGGGGUUGACAAGAACUUUCUUGAUGCUGUGGAGCCAUUACUGCUGGAUAACAAGGUCGAUUUGGUUCUGUUUGGCCAUGUUCAUAACUAUGAGAGAACCUGCUCAAUUUAUCAAAGUAAAUGCCUGGCAAUGCCUACCAAAGAUGAGGGGAUAGACACAUACGAUCACAGCAACUACAGUGCACCAGUUCAAGCUGUUAUUGGCAUGGCUGGCUUCAGCUUGGACAAGUUCCCUGACACUGCUGAUAGCUGGAGUCUGUCAAGAAUUUCCAAAUUUGGGUACUUAAGAGGACAUGCAACAAAGGAAGAAAUGAAAUUAGAGUUUGUGAAUUCGGAUACAAGUAAAGUUGAAGACAGCUUCCGCAUCACCAGGAAGCAAAACAGAUAUUUAAAAUGACAGACUGAAUUAAUCAUAAUCUCUCUUGUAUAUGCAGUGUUUAUGAAAAGAACAAAAGAGAUAUAAAUUUCAAUUUUUUAUAUCAUGUACAGUGGAUAAUAUUUCUUUAAUGGAAACGUAAAGAAAAAGAA